UUAUUGAGAACCCCGCGUCACGUGACGUCGCCGUCAAGAUGGCGGCAAGGCAGGGUGUUAUUUUCCCGCCAAUUUUAUAACUUUCUUUCUAAAGAUUUUAUUCACGAAUGAAGCUAACGUUUUCGAAAUAAAAGCAAGGUGGUGGUGGUAUAACAAACAUAUCCUGCAGCACAAGAGGAGCGAUGCCUCGCUACGCGCAUCUCGUCAUGGGCCCCGCCGGCAGUGGCAAGAGCACCUACUGUGCCAUGAUGCUGGAGCACCUCGCCGCCCUUCGGAGAUCCGCAGCGGUCGUGAACCUGGACCCAGCCGCAGAGCACUUCUCAUACCCCGUCGCUGUGGACGUGAGGGACUUGAUCGAGGUGGGCGACGUGACGGAGGACGACUCUCUCUGCCUGGGCCCCAAUGGUGGACUCAUCUUCUGCAUGGAGCACCUCGUGGCCAACCCCUCGUGGCUGGAGCUCGCCCUGGGCCAGGACGAGGACGACUACCUCCUCAUAGACUGCCCCGGCCAGGUGGAGCUGUACACUCACCUGCCCGUGAUGAGGGAGCUGGUGGCUCAGCUGCAGCACCUGGGGAUCCGCGUGUGUGGAGUUUUCCUCCUGGACUCACACUUCAUGAUGGAGGCCUUCAAGUACGUGUCCGGGGUGCUGACAGCACUAAGUGCGAUGGUGUCCCUGGAGAUCCCCCAAGUGAAUGUCCUCUCCAAGAUGGACCUCCUCAGCCCAGGGGCUCGCAAGCAGAUCCACAAGUUCCUGGAGCCGGAUCUGUGUGAGUAUCUGGACGAGGGAUCUGGGGCCUGGGCUUCGGAGAAAUUCAAACGGCUCAGCAAAUCCAUCAGCGAUCUGGUGGACGACUACAGCCUGGUGCGGUUCCUGCCGCUGGACCGCAGUGAGGACGACUCGGUGGACGCCGUGCUUGCCCAGGUGGACUCAGCACUGCAGUACGGGGAGGACGAGGAGCCGAGGGAGCCCCGGGAUGAAGAUGCUGGCAAUGAUGGUGACUUUGACAGCUUCCCGCAAAACUCAUGAGACCCACAGACUCACUCACACAGAGACCCACAGACUCACCACACAGAGACCCACAGACUCACCACACAGA